AUGGCUGCUGCAGUGAGCGCCUCUCUCGCUGAACCGGCCCAGGGGCCCCAGGGUAUCAACCUUUACUCUCGUUUUGCUCUUGCCGGCGCCCUGGGAUGCUCCAUUACUCAUGGCGCUUUUACUCCCGUCGAUGUCGUUAAAACUAGGAUUCAACUUGAGCCUACUGUUUACAACCGUGGCAUGAUUGGUGGUUUCCAGCAGGUUAUCCGGAAUGAGGGUGCUGGUGCCCUCUUGACUGGCUUCGGCCCGACAUUUGCAGGAUACUUCAUCCAGGGAGCCUUCAAGUUCGGUGGCUACGAGUUUUUCAAGCAGCAGUCGAUUGACUUUCUCGGCAUCGAAACCGCCCGCAAGAACAGGGCUGCUGUCUACUCAGUCUCUGCUGCUUCGGCUGAGUUCUUUGCGUCCAUCGCUCUCAGUCCCCUAGAGGCAACCCGCAUCCGUCUUGUUUCGACCCCUGGCUUUGCUACAGGCUUGGUCAGUGGAUUCAGUAAGAUCCUAACACAGGAGGGCAUCGGAGCUUUCUACUCUGGAUUUGUCCCCAUCUUGUUCAAACAGGUCCCUUAUACCGUCACGAAGUUUGUUGCAUUUGAGAAGGUCUCUGAAGCCAUCUUCUCUCAAUUGGACAAGUCUACUUUGUCGAGUGGUGGUCAGACGGCUGUCAACUUGGGAUCUGGUCUUAUUGCUGGCUUCGCUGCUGCGAUUGUUUCUCAGCCGGCUGAUACCAUGCUGUCCAAGGUCAAUAAGACAAAGGGUCUGCCGGGUGAGGGCAUCGUCUCCCGUCUCGCCAAAAUUGCAGGAGAGCUGGGUGUCCGCGGUUCUUUCGCUGGCCUUCCCACUCGCCUGUUUAUGGUUGGCGGUCUCACGGCUGGCCAGUUUGCCAUCUAUGGAGAUAUCAAGAAGGCUCUUGGCGCCACUAAAAGUGUUGAAAUUGCUAAAUAA